GCAGAGAAUGACAACGUUUCCUGUGCUUGGGCGUGUAGGUUGAAUACCAUCAUGGCUUGUCCCGACCACUACGCCGAUAUCGCCGCAGAUUAUGACAAGUUAUACUCUUUCAGGGAUCAGUUUGCGGACAAACUCGUGGAAGUCCUCAUCAAGUACGGCCGCCUCUCCAACGACCAAGACUUCGUUGAUGUUGGCUGCGGAUCCGGCUGGCUGCAGCGUAUACUCUCUGAAAGGGGCUACCAUUUCAAAACGUCAACUUCUGUGGACCCAAGCCAGCAGAUGCUUGAACUGGUCAUAAAGAGAGUCCCCAACGCACAGUGUAUCAACCUGGACGGACUGGAGUUUUCCCGCCUUACGAAAACCUAUGAUGUGUUGGUCAUCAGUCAAUGUUUUCAUCAUUUACCGAUAGAAACGCUUGAGGAGACAUUGCGAAACGUCCGGUCGCAGCUGCGCAGAGGAGGAAAAGUCAUCACAACGUUUGGAGACGGAGGAUUUUUUAGUCCAGACGUCGCGAAACGCCUUAAAACAACAGGUAAUUAUUCACCUGUGGAUUAUUCAGCGUCUGUACGCAUUUGUGAAUCGGUUUUUCAAAAAUGUGGCUACAAGUUCACCCCGGACUCCCCAGUGGAGAGGUCGUAUAAGGUCAAGGUCAGUCGUGAGCAAUAUGGCUACAUGCUGCGGCAGAGGUACGUGUCGGCGUUGGGCGUGAUCAGUGACGAGGACAUUGAGAAGGAGGUUGCUGCAUUGCCCGACACAGUGGAGUUUCAAUACAAAUGGACAAUUAUAGUGGCGGAAUGAUGUAUGCCUCCUCCUCAGAAUGUUGUCACGCUUCAGAACAAAACUGCUAGACUUUCAUCAGUGACAGUAUAGUGUCUUACGCGGCCAGAUACAAUUUUGAGCUUGAAAUUUAAAGACGAGUUCUUUUACUAUCUUGUGGUGACUGGGGAAUGGCUCUGAUUUCUGCGGCCGUCCUCCGCCGGUUUUUUGAGCACUAUUGCAAACAUACAAAUUAUGUUAUGUACGGUAUUUGUGAAUCUUUUUGUCACCUUUCGUUCUUUUGUU